UUGGGGUUCCGCCUUCGAGGGCUUCCCAGACCCGUUAUCAAGUCUGUCAAUCCGGUUCUUGAAGAUUGAUAACCUUGACGCUACAAGUGCUGUCAAGAUACCUUUAAAAGUCCAUCCGAUAUCUACUCAGGUCUAAGAAGAUGCUUGAGAUGACGACUAUUGCUUCUAUGCCGGGCAACUGGCCCAGAGAAUUUCACGACGAUAUGAACACUUCCAUGAUGUCGACCCCACCGCCAUAUCCUCGAUUAAACACACAACUCGGACAGCCUUCAUUACAGGUGCCCAGAAUCGUUGCCUCAGCCUCGUCCUCAAACAGCGCAGAUGAGCUGUUUUUCGAUUGCACGACACCAAAUCCCGAUCAAAACGACGAAGCGAGCUCACCGUCGUACUUGGUAUUCGAACCGGUAGUUUCAACAGUCUCGGAGAAGGAACCAAUGGAUUGGAAGAGAUAUGAGCCGCCAAAAGAACUGUUAAAACCCCAAGAUGACACCUCCGAGGUGGUUCGGGGUAUCCUCGAGCCAUCAAUAGCAAGAAUUCGGGCGAGACAUGUUGAAGAAGAAGGGAGACAAGUUGCAAAUGCACGACGUGAGAGACCUUUAUCAAGAGUUGGAAGAGCGUCGGUAAAGCCACGGAGAGAAGCGAGAAUGAGUGGAGGCCUAGACCCUCUACAACAUGAUAACGACCGCUUGAGCGCAGGGAGUGCCACAUCUCUCUUAUCUGACGACUCGGGAUACGCAUCUAUGUCACCAGAAACUGAUCCGCCAAGCCCAAAAACAAUAACAAAAAGAACCUUCGGCCUUGGUGCUCUCUUCAAACGAAAAGACAGAUCAGCUCACGAAACACAUAGCAGAGCGGGCUCAUCAAGUCUUUUUGCAGCAAGACCAUCAACGCCCCUUAGAGAAGUUGUCGAGGAAGAAUCAACAACAACGGAAUGCGUUUCUUGCCUUGAAGACCUUGAAACCGCAGAAAUGAUCAAAUUGACUUGCCAUAGCUACUGCCGUGAAUGUUUCGCAAGACUUAUGAACACUGCCUUGGAAACUGAAGCACAAUGGCCACCGAAGUGCUGUCUCAAUACAAUCCCAUCCAACAAAAUCUUGCCAAAUAUCGACAUCGCUAUGAAGACAAAGUAUCAGGAACGAGAAGCAGAAUGGUCCAUACCAACAGGAGAUCGAGUAUAUUGCUCAGCUCGAAACUGCAGCACUUGGAUCCCACCAAAGAAUAUCAACACCCAACGGCAAUGCGCAACUUGCCCGAAAUGCACGAAGAAGACAUGCUCCAUCUGCCGGGGAGUUUCACACAACGGUACCGACUGUCCCCAAGAUCCCGGUCUCCAAGCAACUAUGAACCUAGCCGAAACAGAGGGAUGGAAAAGAUGUUACAGCUGCCACGCUCUUGUCGAACACAAUAAAGGAUGCCGACACAUGACUUGCAGAUGCAGAGCUGAGUUCUGCUACAUCUGUGGACUGAGAUGGCGGACUUGCGCAUGCACAGAUGCCCAGUUGGCAAAUGUACAGCAAGAAGCUACAGCAAGACGACAAGCACAAGUUGCCCAAACUGCACGACAACGAGCAGCCGCUGAAGAAGAGAGGCUUUUAGUACAAAUGGUAGCUGACUUCGAGAGAAGAGAAGCUGAGCGUGCUGCAGCAGCAGCUGAGGCUCAGAGAAGGCGGGAUGAAGCUGAACAGCGGGCACGAGAAGAAGAGCGUCGUCGUCGCGAGGAAGAGCGCAUUGCUGCCAUCAACCUCCGUUUUCAUCGCUUCACUGCUGAGCUCGAGACCUUGCACGACGUCCAGCGUGUGCUGAUGGCCGAGAGACAUGAAUUCGAAGCCAGUGUUCUGAAGAAGGACCGCCAGGAUGCAUUGCACACCUUCUCUAUUCGCCACCCAGCGGAAAUCCAACAACUAGGCACGGAGUCGCAGCAGAAAAUUUCGGACUCGGAGUACAAAUUCGAGCAAGAGUACAAACUCCGCUUUACCGAAGAACGUCGUAUCGAAGAUGAGUACGUGGAGCAGCUCAGAGCAUACUGGCAGGGAAAGCCGGAGGGCGAAUACAAAGUCCGUGGCGCUAGAGAUGAGCUGAGAGCAGAACAAGAUAAGGAGUACAAAUUUUGGGAUUCUUACAGAAGGAGACAACUGCAGGAUAUUUCCGAGAGGGAGAAGAAAAAGAUAGAGGCGUUGAUUGUGAAGCACAAGGCGGAGAUUAAAGCUGUUGAGGGGAGGUCGAAGAUUGAUGAGGUGGAGUGGAAGAGGAAGAAGGUGGCUGAAGGGAAGUGGAUCGAGGAGGUUGUUAGGCAGAGGAUUGCUCUCUUGCAGGAGAUGGAGCAGGCGGAGUAUGCGAGGAGUGAGUAAGGGAUUAUGAUAAUUAGCUCUUUAGAAUAUUGAAGUUAAUGAGCAAUCAACAAUAUCCAUUACAACAAGU